AAAAUACAUUUUUCAUCAUUCAAUUUUAGCUCUCAUAACCUGUAUGCGAACAGAGAAGGAUCGUAGGUGUAAGCCGAAACCCUUAUCGCUUACGAUUACCGGCGGAGAAAUCCGAAGAAGAAGGCGCUUGGUUUCACUGAAGGGUUUCAGAGGAGGGUGAGGAAGAUAGAAAUGGCAUCUUUUGGUUCGCUGAAGUCGGCUGUAUUCGAUAGGGAGGAAAGAAAAAUGCAAUACCAAUCUCAUGUUCGAGGUCUUAAUGCUUUGGAUCGGCAUAAAAGAUUCAUGAACGACUACGUGCAAUUCUAUGGGAAUGCAAAGAAGUCAGACGGUUCAUUUCCUGUCAAAACUGACGAAGACACUAUAAAAGAAGGCUACAGAUUCAUCAUACCUGAAGAGGAUGACAUGGAAUCUACAUGGGAAAAAAGGCUUGUUAAGCGUUAUUAUGACAAGCUGUUCAAAGAAUACUGCAUUGCCGACAUGUCUCAAUACAAGAAGGGCAAGAUUGGCCUAAGAUGGAGAACAGAAAAAGAAGUCAUUUCUGGGAAAGGGCAAUUUAGCUGUGGUAGCAGGCACUGUGAUGAGAAGGAUGGCUUAGGAAGUUAUGAGGUAAAUUUUUCUUAUGUUGAGGCCGGGGAAAGCAAGCAAGCCCUUGUCAAAUUAGUGGCUUGUAAAAGGUGUGCAGAGAAACUUGUUUAUAAGAAACACAAGGAGAAGGAGAAGCAGCUCAAAAAAGAUCAAGAAAAAACCAUAAGAAAGCGGAAAAUGAUUGAGCAUGCUGAGAAUGGCAAUAUUGGUGAAGAAUUUGAGAUGAAUCCUGAUGAAAAGCGGAAAGCACGAAGGCUUGCAUCUCCAAACAGAGAUGCGAAGGCUGAUGAGGAGAAGGAUCUGGAUGAGUAUCUUGAGGGAAUGUUUCCCUAAUGCUUAGGAUUUCUCCUACAAAUAAUACAAUUGAAUUGAGACCGGAUGGUCUAAAAUGUGAAUUAUUUGUUGGCCGAAUUUGUGUAUUAUAGGAUUGCUUUAUUUUCUGCUAUUCAUUGUAAGAAUUUCCUGAAUUUAAUGACAAUUUUUUUAUGUCA